AUGCCAAAAUAUGCCAAGUUCCUAAAAGAACUUCUCAAAAAUAGAAAGAAGAUGGAGGAAGCAUCCAAGGUAGUCCUAAAUGAGAACUGUUCAGCCACAAUGUUAAACAAACUGCCAAAGAAGAUGGGUGAUCCGGGUAGCCUAACCAUUCCUUGCCAAUUUGGGAUUUUAGCCACUAGCUAUGCAUUAGCCGAUUCGGGGGCAAUUGUGAACCUCAUGCCAUAUUAUUUCUUUAAGAAGCUAAACCUUCCAGAGCUAAGACCAAUUCGAAUGGCGAUUCACUUAGCAAACAAGACGGUGACAUUCCCGAGAGGUAUAUGUGAAGAUUUAUUGGUAAAAGUCGAUAACUUUGUCUUCCCAGCAGAUUUCAUUGUGCUAGAUAUGGAGGAGGAUCAUCAAGUACCAAUAAUCCUCAGAAGACCAUUUUUGAAUACCGCGGGUUCCAUAGUCGACAUAAGAGACUUAAAGCUUACCCUUCGGGUGGGUGAAUAUUAA